AUGAAUAACUAAUCUGUGAAUAUGCAUUACAAUGACCAGAUAAAGUUGAAGGCGUCAGAAGUAUUUCAGAGUCACUAUAUUAAUACUUAAACAUCGAAAUAGGAAUAAACUAUUGUAAUUUGCUUAAUUGUUUUUGGCAAUAUAAUUUGGAACGUGAUUGCUAAUUUUUAAAACACUGAGUUAGGUCAUUAUCGCUUGGAAUUAACGAUUAAGGUUAUUGAGACUCUUUGGAUUGUAUUUGAUUACCUGAAGAAAAAGUAAGCAUUUGUAAGAAUAAUAGAACUACCUAAACUCCAGAGUCUUUUUUGAAUUUAGGUUUAGUAAUUUUAUUGAUAAAUGGCCUAAUUACAAUAUUCACCAUAGAGGAGUAAAAUCUAUAAUAUGCUUUUUAGUGUACUAAGAAGAUCGGAGUAGGUAUUGGACCAAUUUACUUUUUUCAUAUUAAUCCACCAAUAUAUCUACAAUAGGUUUUCCUUGAAAUUGCACUACACUCAUCAGGUAAUCGGAAUCAGUAGUGUUUUGGUGUUUUAGAGUUUUUGGGGAAGUCAUCUUUUUAGCACAAUAAAAAUGAUAACAGUGCAAUCAGUUUUUAUUUUAUCGAAAUAAUUGCGAUAACAAAGACUGUUGAAUGAGACUCAAAACAAGAUCAAGCAAUUCAAUUAAGAAUUGGAUUAAUUGAAGUAGUAGUAAUAACAAUAGAUUAAUAAAUAUCAAGAAGAAAUAGAUUCGAAAUCACAGAUGCAAUUGCAAUCUAGGGCUAAUGACCUAGUGAAUAAAUUGAAGCUAAUCAAAUUUAAGCAGUAAUGCGAAAUCAAGAAUCAGAUGUUAAAGAAUGUUGGUCAGCAACAAGAAAAGUUAUAAUCGAUGGUAUCGAUCACAGAAGUAAUGGGAAAGGAUGAAAUCGAUGAGGCCACAAAUCAGCAGAAUCACUCUUCUUCACCUAGGAUGGAGAACUUCAAGAGGAGAGCAAGUAGAACUCUGUCUCAAAAUUCGGAUUUAAAAGGAAAAAACUUUCAGUUUGAUCAAUAGCAAUCUCACUCCGAUUAAGAUAUUGUUCAGGGUGAUAAUUAUAUCACAAUUGAUGAAAUCGACGAUCUAUUGAAUUUGUUGACUGGUAAAAAGGAUAACAUAUGGUUGCCAAAGUUCUUGAGAAGUCAUCGUUAAUUGGAUUGUUUAAAUAGUAACAAUAGCAUUUAGCAAGCAUCGAAAGAGGAUCAAUUUAGUUAGGAUGCCAAAAAGUAAAUUAUAUUCAAUACCCUAGAUUCAUACUUUCCCAUUUCACUUAAAAAGAAGCCUCCUUCUAAUAUAUUGAUGACAUUUAAGACGAUGUGGAUGACAUAGCUGAGAAAACUCUAAUUGAUUUCAACAUCAAUUUCUUAUAACAAGAUUUCACAUUAAACAACUUAGACUUGUCACAGAGAAUGAUGUUUAUAGAAGGUUCUAUAAAUUUGUUUAAGAUUUUCAAGGUUAUCUAAACUUUGAAAAUUACUAAUCUGGAAACUCUUGGAGAAUUUAGUGUCAAAAUAGAAUCUCUAUAUCAAAAUAAUUUCUAUCACAAUUCUAUGCAUGCCAUAGAUGUCGCAAACUCAACUGCAUUUUUCCUACAAAAUGGAUUGUCAACUUUAAUAGAUGAUUUCUAAGCUACUUGUUUAUUGAUCUCAUCAUUAGCACAUGACAUUGGACAUCCAGGAUUAAAUAAUGGGUUUAUGACUGCAAAUAGAUGUCGAUUAGCCCUAUUAUUUAAUGAUCAAAGUGUUCUGGAGAAUUAUCACUCAUUUCUUCUGUUCUAGGUGCUCACUCAAAGCAAUUGCAAUAUCAUUGAAAAUCUAAGUACCAAUGAAAUCAAGGGAUUCAGGAAGUACUGUUUGAAUCUGAUUCUUGACACUGAUCUGACCAGACACUUUUAAUUGAUGAACAAAUUCUAAAAUUAUUUGAAUGUCAAUGAGUCUCCUGCUGUUGAUUAGCAAUUAAUUAUGUCGAUUGGAAUUAAAUGUGCAGGUAAUAUAGUUAUUAUCAUUCUAUUUCAGAUGUUGGACAUGGGGCAAAAGAAUUGAAAUUGCACAAAUUGUGGAGUCGAAGAAUUGUUGAGGAGUUCUUUUUGUAAGGGGAUUUAGAACACUACUUGAAAGUGCCUAUAUCACCAAUGUGUGAUAGAAAUCAGAAUGUUUCCAAAUCUCAGGAAGGCUUUUUAAAGGCUAUUGUAUUGCCGAUGUUUGAGGCCUUUUCAACAAUCUUAAAGAAGUAAUUGGUCAUUUGAUUAGUAGUGAAAACAUCCAAAAAACUUGUGUUGAUUAGGUAAAAUAAAACAUAGAGUACUGGUAAUAGUAGGAGACGGAUUAGAAGUUUAUGGAAGAAACUGUAUUUGACACUAAUUCCGGAUUGGAAACUCUUCAAAAGUUCCUACAUGAGCCUCUUCAUAUUGAGAUUUGAUUUAUAUGUAAUAGAUAAUUG